AUGGAAUAUGAUGAUGUUCGAGAACAAAACAGUGAAAUAAUACAAAGACUUGAUCCACAAUUAAUUGUUAAUUGUGUUACAGAGGCUUUACUUUUAUAUUACAACAUAUUUUUAUUGAACUAUGUGUACGGUUUUGAAGCUGAUGAAACAAAUGAAUUGAUAUCUUAUGUUGAUUUACUUGAAACAAUUCUUGCUGAAAAAGAAGAUAAUGGUUCAAUGAAUACAACAUCUAUUCCAAAAGAAUCACCAUCAUCAACACCAAUUACACUUAAACUGUUACGUAAUUUUUCAACUGAUCGUUUGGUAGAUAUUGAAGACGCUAUUAAUAAUUUAAUAGCGUAUGUAAAUACUCUUCGUGAAGAUGUGGCUUCAAUUGCUGUCCAAUUAAAACCAUUAUUGAAAAAUAUCAAAAUCAUUCAUAACGUAAAUGCAUUUCAAAAUGGCUUUGCUUUAAACGAUGGAACAAUUAAUGCAUUAUUUUCGUCAUUAAAAGAAGCUCGAAAUCAAUUAGCCAACUAUGUGAGAUAUUUGAAAGUCAUGAAACAAAAAUUAGAUAGAAAUGUUGCCAAUGAUGAUGAUGGUGCACCUGUUCAAGGUGUUCAAAUUAUAGACGAAGAUCAAACUUUUUAA